AUGUCUGGCCCUCAUAUUUGGUUGCGCGCCGAAAGUAAGCCUUUGGAAGAGCGUAGCGCUUUGACGCCUACGACUGCAAAGGAGUUGGCGAAUGCUGGCUUCCAUGUCACUAUUGAGCGCUCCUCUCAGCGUGCUUUCAAGGAUUCUGAGUUUGAGCGUGCAGGAUUCGAAAUGGCUCCUGAAGGAUCAUGGAGAAACGCACCUAGUAAUGCUUAUAUAUUCGGCUUGAAGGAGCUUCCUGAAAAUGACGACAGUCCUCUCCAUCAUACUCAUAUCCAAUUCGCUCAUUGCUAUAAAAACCAAGAAGGUUGGCGGGAAGUCUUGUCGCGUUUUCCCCAGGGCAACGGUCUCCUAUACGAUUUGGAGUUUUUGCAAGACGAUAGUGGCCGUCGUGUUGCUGCUUUUGGCUACCAUGCAGGCUUUGCUGGAUCUGCCCUUUCUUAUUUGGUCUGGGCUCACCAAAUCUUGCAUCCCAAGAAGCCUUUUGGUUCUGUCCGUCCAUUCCCCAACGAGAAGACUCUUGUUCGUCAUGUUGCUCGUCAAGUUCGUCUUGCUCUCCGUAAGAACAAUAACCAGUAUCCUCGCAUCCUGGUUAUCGGCGCUCGCGGACGAUGUGGUAGCGGUGCUUGCGAUUUGGCCAUGAAAAUUGGUAUCCCUGAGAAGGAUAUCCUUCGUUGGGAUAUCAAUGAGACCAAGAAGGGCGGUCCCUUCCGUGAAAUCACUGAAUCUGACAUUUUUGUAAACUGUAUCUACCUCAGUGCCCCCAUCCCCAAAUUUUGCACCGUUGAUUCUCUUAACGUCUCUGGCCGCAAGCUGCGCGUAGUAUGCGAUGUUAGCUGCGAUACUACCAAUCCUAACAACCCCAUCCCCAUCUACAAUGUGAACACUUCAUUCGAUCACCCAACCGUUCCUGUUGAUGGAAUCGAGGGACCUUUGCCUCUUGAGGUAAUCUCCAUUGAUCAUCUUCCCACUUUGCUUCCUAGGGAAUCUUCCGAAGCUUUCAGUGAGGCUCUUCUUCCAAGCUUGUUUGCUUUGAAGGACGUAAAUAACGCACCCGUCUGGAUUAGAGCUAAGAAGCUUUACGAGGAAAUGGUAAAGAAACUCUAA